UCAAGUCAUAGUAACCCCGUCACCCUUCUCUGUGUCGAAACCCUAAUACCCGAACGUCUCCUCCUCCUCCUCCCAGUCGGGUGAAAGGCGGCCGACGACCGACGACCGGCGUUCGUGCGCAAGGCGGCCACUUCCCCUCAGUGCGUCUCUCUCUCUCUCUCUCUGCUGGCGGUGCAGCAUCCCUCUCUCUUCUCUCUCCCCCGGCGGUGCAGUCCCCCUCUCUCUCCCCCGACGUAAACCUGAUGAAGGUCAAAAUACUGAAGUGGCAUGCUGUGGCUUCGUGGACAUGGGAUGCUCAGGAUGAAACAUGCGGGAUCUGCAGAAUGGCGUUUGAUGGUUGCUGCCCAGACUGUAAAUUCCCGGGUGACGAUUGCCCACUGAUCUGGGGUGCCUGUAAUCAUGCUUUCCAUCUGCAUUGUAUUCUCAAAUGGGUUAACUCGCAGACCCCUCAGCCACAUUGCCCUAUGUGUCGCAGGGAGUGGCAGUUUAAAGCUUAAGCCUCAUCUUAGUUCAUAGGAUCAGUUGUUUGUGGAUUGUUCUGAGGUUGCGUUGCCGCUCCGCCAAGAGACAUCCUUGGUACUCGAGGUUUUGGGAGUUGUCCCUGAUGUUUCUUCUGAUCUUGAAUCAUCAAUCAACGUGUUAUGUUAGUUUGUAGCAAGGCAAUAUUUCUGAAGCUUUCUGUGAGGAACUUGUAAUAUGUGACUAUGGUGUACUGUUCCAGCAUUAUUGAUAGAAGGGAGACCUUUUAGCUCUAUGAGAAA